AUUCGUAAUAAUAAUCCAGAUAUCGUAAAUACCUCAGUACAAGCAAUCUUACGUACGAGAGCAUUGUUUGAUGAUUUAAAUGCCUUGGUAUUUGUUCUUUAUCCUAUUAAAAUAGCUAUAUUAACUCUUGAAUCACGAGAUUGUUCAUUAGCUGAUUGCUUUAUUGGUCUAGUUCGUUUGGAGGCAGCAAUUAGAAGACUUUCAGAAAAUGAUUAUC